AUGGUACAACCCCGCUUUUUGGCAAAAUCAAAAUAUGUCGCACGAUCUUUUAUUCAAUUAAGGAGCUUCAGUAUUUCUUAUCCUACUAGAUCUUCCCAAUUAUCUGUUGCGAAAUUACUUGGAACAUCUCCCGAAAAUGUAGAUGAGGUUAAAGUCAAUGUCAAUGGUUUUAUUCGUUCAAUUAGGAACCAAAAAAAGAUAUCGUUUGCUUCAAUUGGCGAUGGCUCAAGUGUGCAACCGUUACAAGCUCUUCUUACCCCACAACAAGCUGAAAGACUCUCGACGGGUACAGCUGUACGUCUCACCGGAUACUGGAAACCUUCCCCGAACCAGAAGGCACAAAGCAAUGAGUUACAUGUGCUUGAAGUAAAUGUUUUAGGUGCCGCGGAUCCCGCCACAUUUCCGCUACAGAACAAAUACCACACGCCUGAAUACCUCCGCACCAUUCCUCAUUUGCGAACGCGAACGCCCUUCAAUUCAGCAUUACUUCGAUUCCGAUCGCAAAGCAUAGCUUCUCUGACACAAUUCUUUACUGAACAGGAUUACGUCCAAACACAUCCUCCUAUAAUUACAUCUUCAGAUUGUGAAGGCGCGGGGGAAGUUUUUGAAGUCGGUAGCGCGCACAAAGGACCAAUUGGGAAAGGUGAUGAUGGAACAUUUUUCAGAUCGCCAAAAUACCUGACUGUUUCGAGUCAACUACACUUGGAGGCUUUGGCCCAAUCAGUGGGAAGAGUAUGGACAUUAUCUCCUACAUUCCGAGCCGAGAAAAGUGAUACGCCACGACAUUUGAGCGAGUUCUACAUGUUGGAAGCAGAGUGCAGUUUCGUUGAAAAAAUGGAUGAAAUUAUGGAUCUUGUGGAAAACAUGCUGAGACAUUUGACAUCGAACCUAUACUCUACUCAAGUAGGGAGAGAAAUAUUGGAAUCGAAGCGAAGCGGAGAUGAGGAGAAAGAUACAAUAAGCAGAAGACAUGAAUUGACCCGAAGAUGGGAAGGUAUGAUGAAGGGGCCUUGGCCGCGGAUCACUUAUGCGCAAGCAAUCGAAGAACUUGAAAAUAGUGGCCAAACUUUCGAACAUCCUCCCGCCUGGGGUUCAGGUCUUCAAGCUGAACACGAGCGAUAUAUCGCCAAUAAGGUCGGACUUGGAUCGCCUGUUUUCGUAACAGACUAUCCAAAAAGCAUCAAACCAUUUUAUAUGCUACCUUCAGAAAAUUUGCGUACAGGAGGAACACAGGAGACUGUCCAGUGCUUCGAUCUUCUAGUCCCAGAAGCAUGUGAAAUUGUAGGUGGAUCUAUGCGUGAGUAUAGAUUGCCAGAACUCAUCUCUGCAAUGCGGGCGAAUGGUAUGUUGCGAGGUGACGCAGGGGAAGAAGAAUUUGGUUCCUUGAAAUGGUACACAGAACUCAGGCGAUGGGGAAGCGUACCUCAUGGAGGGUUCGGCUUGGGAUUCGAUAGAUUGCUAGGGUAUCUUUCUGGUGUCCCGAACAUCAGAGAGAUAGUCGCAUUUCCAAGGUGGGUUGGGAGAUGUGAUUGCUGA